CAGAGCCCCGUGCAGCCUGCUUCCAUCCUGACUCACCGCUGUUGGCUUCCUGCCUCCCCGCCAAGGAACAAGUUAGUCAGGAAGCCCAUGUCAUAGCUAUGGCUUUCAAAGACACCAGGAAGAUGCCUGUGGAGCCCAAGGUGGCAAUCCACUGCAUCCGAAUCACGCUCACCAGCCACAAUGUGAAGUCGCUGAAGAAGAUGUACACUGACCUGAUCAGAGGUGCCAAGGGGAAGAAACUGAAAGUGAAGGGGCUGGUGCACAUGCCUACCAAGACCCUGAGGAUCACUACAAGAAAAACACCUUGUGGUGAAGGCUCCAAGAUGUGGGAUUGCUUCCAAAUGAGAAUCCACAAGCGACUCAUUGACUUGCACAGCCCCUCCGAGAUUGUUAAGCAGAUUACGUCCAUCAGUAUUGAGUCAGGAGUGGAGGUUGAAGUCACCAUUGCAGAUGCCUAA